AGUUUCCAGGAAGUGCUGCUGUCAUUUGGUUUCUUGCAGUGUCCUUGUUAGUGUGCACCAAAUGUUAAAAAAUGAACUGAAUUUUCUCGAAAAUUUAUAUAUUUCAAACAACUGCUGUUUCUGAAACCAUUUUAGAGCAUAAUGUUAAGGGCCGGAACGGCACUAACAUGCUUGGCCUGCAGGAAAUUGGUCACCACCAGCCCGGGCGUGAGGGUCCCCUUGCAGACACUGAACCCGCUGUCCCGAGCCAUCCACCACAGGGGUUCCCCUGGCACCAGCCUUCACAGAGCCCCCCCGCGUUCUGCAGCCCGGCACUUCAGCUCCCUGUCCCGCCCGCCCCUGCGGCCCGCACGGCCCCUGCCCCGAGGCCCUGGGUUCCAGCCCCGCCGCAGCUUCUGGGUAGCCAGGCUCGCCACCAGGCUGCUGCGGCUCCGCUACCUUUUGCUGGGGUCAGCGGUUGGAGGAGGCUACACUGCCAAAAAGACUUUUGAUCAGUGGAAGGAUAUGGUGCCUGAUCUUAGUGAAUAUAAAUGGAUAAUACCAGAUUUCAUUUGGGAACUUGAUGAGCAUAUCGAUUUUGAAAAAAUCAUCAGUGCCCUACCUGAUGCAGAGGAACUCGCCAAACUGCUACCUGAUUUUGAGAAGAUUGGGGAGAACUUCAGUUUUCUGAAAGGUCUAGUUUCCAAAGGUAUGAGUGUGGUUAGUGAAGUCAAAGGAGCUUCUGAUCUGCAUCUGUUGUUAGAAUCAUCAGGGGAAUCUACAUUCAGAACCACAGGAAACCAAGGAUUUGACAGCAGUGAUAAGCAGUAUAAGAAGGGUCUGCUUGGGGAGCUCAUUCUCAUACAGCAGCAAAUCCAGGAGCACGAGGAGGAGGCCCGCAGAGCCACAGGUUAUAACACGAGCUCCUCGCAGCAGAAGCGAAAGGUAUCUGACAAAGAGAAAGCAGAUCAACUACAAGAGGAGCUUCUCAGAACUCAGAUGAAGUACCAGAGGAUGCUCGAGCGCCUGGAGAAGGAAAACAAGGAGCUGAGGAAAGUGGUGCUGCAGAAAGACGACAAGGGCAUUCACCAGAGGAAGGUCAAGAAAUCCUUGAUUGACAUGUACUCUGAGGUCUUGGACGUCCUUUCAGACUACGACUCCAACUAUAACACCCAGGAUCAUCUGCCAAGGGUUGUGGUAGUUGGCGAUCAGAGUGCUGGGAAGACCAGUGUCCUAGAGAUGAUUGCCCAGGCCAGGAUUUUCCCCCGAGGGUCUGGGGAGAUGAUGACUCGAGCCCCUGUCAAGGUGACGCUGAGUGAGGGCCCUCACCACGUUGCCAUGUUUAAAGACAGCACCCGCGAGUUUGACCUCAGCAAAGAAGAGGAUCUUGCGGCCUUAAGACAUGAAAUUGAAAUCAGAAUGCGGAAGAGUGUCAAAGAAGGACAAACAGUCAGUCCAGAGACCAUAUCUUUGAGUGUGAAGGGGCCUGGCAUACAGAGAAUGGUACUGGUGGACCUGCCUGGUGUCAUUAGUACCGUGACCUCUGGCAUGGCAGCUGACACAAAAGAAACCAUUUUUAGCAUAAGCAAGGCUUACAUGCAGAAUCCAAAUGCCAUCAUUCUCUGUAUUCAAGAUGGUUCUGUGGAUGCGGAGCGCAGCAUUGUGACGGACCUGGUCAGUCAAAUGGACCCUCAGGGGAAGAGAACUAUAUUUGUGCUGACUAAAGUGGACCUGGCGGAGAAGAACCUGGCCAGUCCCAGCAGGAUUCAACAAAUCGUUGAAGGAAAACUAUUUCCUAUGAAAGCUUUGGGCUAUUUUGCUGUUGUGACUGGAAAAGGUAGUAGCAGUGAAAGUAUUGACUCCAUUAAAGAUUAUGAAGAAGACUUUUUCCAGAAUUCCAGAUUAUUGAAGACAGGCAUGCUGAAAGCUCAUCAAGUGACUACAAAGAACUUGAGCCUGGCUGUGUCUGACUGCUUUUGGAAGAUGGUCCGUGAGUCAGUCGAGCAACAGGCAGAUGCAUUUAAAGCAUCACGCUUCAACCUGGAGACAGAGUGGAAGAACAAUUACCCUCGACUGCGGGAACUUGACAGGAAUGAACUCUUUGAAAAGGCCAAAAAUGAAAUCUUGGAUGAAGUGAUCAGCCUGAGUCAAGUUACACCAAAACAUUGGGAAGCGAUUCUUCAGAAGAAGUUGUGGGAAAGGGUGUCCACUCACGUCAUUGAGAACAUCUACCUACCAGCUGCCCAGACCGUGAACUCUGGCACCUUCAACACCACUGUUGACAUCAAACUCAAGCAGUGGACUGACAAGCAGCUGCCACAUAAGGCAUUGGAGGUGGCCUGGGAGACCCUUCAGGAAGAGUUUGCCCGCUUCAUGAGCGAGUACAAAGGCAAAGAUCAGGAUGACAUUUUCGACAAGCUCAAGGAGGCUGUCAAAGACGAGAGCAUUAAGCGGCACAAGUGGAAUGAGCGAGCCGAGGAUAGUCUGAGAGUUAUCCAACACAACGCUUUGGAAGACCGGUCCAUAACUGACAAACCACAGUGGGAUGCAGCAAUACAGUUCAUGGAAGAGACUCUUCAGUCUCGUCUUAAUGACACUGAAUCUGUAAUCAAAGAUAUGGUGGGUCCAGACUGGAAGCAGAGAUGGCUGUACUGGCAGAAUCGCACACCAGAACAGCACGUUCGCAGUGAAACCAGAAAUGAGCUGGAGAGGCUACUGAAAGUGAAUGAGGACCAUACAGCGUAUCUGGCCAACGAUGAGGUCACUACAGUGCGGAAAAACCUGGAAGCCAGAGGGGUGGAGGUGGACCCCAUUUUGAUAAAGGACACAUGGCACCAGCUGUAUCGACGCCACUUCCUGCACAAAGCACUGUCUCACUGCAACCUCUGUCGAAGAGGAUUCUACUACUAUCAGCGCCACUUUGAGGACUCUGAGCUGGAGUGCAAUGAUGUGGUCCUGUUCUGGCGGAUCCAGAGAAUGCUUGGAAUUACAGCAAACACACUCAGACAGCAGCUUACAAACACUGAAGUCCGCCGUCUGGAGAAGAACGUGAAGGAGGUGCUGGAGGACUUGGGGGAGAACAACGAGAAGAAGGUUCAGCUGAUAACAGGCAGGAGGGUGCAGCUAGCAGAGGACCUCAAAAAGGUCAGAGAAAUUCAGGAGAAACUUGAAGCCUUUAUUGAAGCCCUUCACCAGGAGAAGUAGAGAAACAGAGACAUUGGAUGCAGACCUUGGAUCACAUAGAAUAUGCACUGAUCAGAGAUGACAAAUAUGUCCUCAUACUCUGUUGUAAAUUCCUGCUAAUUAUUUGCGUCCCACCUUUAAUUUUUAUGGCCUUAAUACUUUGGCACACAAAAUUUCCAAAAGAAUGAUUUACCCCUUUUAAAAUCUUCUUACUGAAAUACAAGGUGGAUUUAAGCCUGUUGAACAAGCAAGAUGAAUGUGAAGUAGAACUUUGUGUAUAGUUUCUCUCACCUAAAAGCUGUUUGUCACCGAUAAAGGAAGCACACCAGUUUAUUUGUGGGUUUUUUUUAUCACAGCUAUAUGUAUAUUUCUGAAAAUAGCUCACAGCAUCCAGUACAAACCAAGUAUGUUCCAGAUGCUAACAAUUUUGGAACUGUUAAAAUGUAAAAAAAAAGUUUCCUUGGUUUUGGCCUGUUUCAAAUAAAUAGGGGUUUUGUAGAGAGGGAAAAGCUUUUUCCCCUUAUGGAAGACCUGCUGCUGUUUAUUAAACGCUUACACCAUUCUACAUCUGUUACUGAUUCAGCACAUUGGUCUCUGAACUAAUGUGGUGUGGAUCUCAGGAUGCAGGAAGUGAGUGUUAACAGACAGACUCUCGGAGCUGAAACUGCCUUCAGUCUAGUGGUAUCCUAGACGUUCAGGAACUUGUGACUCGAUCAUCGCCUGCAGUCAGAUCUGCUUGUAAUUUGAAUGCUCUGAGAGACUGGGGCUGAAGCCUUCUUUACUCUGAAUUCCACCAGAUGAAUGGAGGCUGAUAGACAUUACCGAAUUACAUUCUUGUUCUGCUAAAGACCGAAGGCAAUUAUUUUAGGUAGCAAAGCGAAUGUGGCAAGGUUGCUUUCCCUAAAGCAUACAUACAUGUAGAUACCACCUUUGUGUGUUUUAAUGUUUCUGGAACAGUCUCUAGAAUAGAAUUUCCAUUGGUUCACUAGUUUAAAACUCAUGUCUUCUCUAUAAGUAAGAAGGGACAGCUUUGUUGUCGAUACAGCACUAAGGUUUAGUAUUUUAUUUUAAUACCCAUUGUAGAUUAAAAAAAUGAUCAUUAAAACACAUUCUAAGAGAAAUGUGUUUUUUUCAUCAAGGAUAUCUUUAUGUAUAACACAGUUGUAUUGAUACAGACUCCGGAAUUUUCUGCUUUUGUUUGCUCAGUGAAUUGAGCAUAAUGCCAUUAUCAAAUUGUUGUACUUUUUCUUCCUGUCACGUUGUCAUGUCUCUUGUCUUUUCCUGAUGUGCUUGCCUACGUGUGUUGUCCCUUUGGCAGAGAAAGCUUUGACAAGAUCAAAAAAGCAACAGAAUCCUUCCUGCCACAGCCAGCUAGGAUACAGCUUUGAUUUCCAUUAGAUGCCUAGUUUUAAAAGCCUCCUAAACACUGGCAGUCAAUAAAAGCAGCUGGGACAGGAAGCAUUUUAUCUUCUAGAGCAAGUAAAUUCCUCUUGAGCAAAAAAGAUUCUAAAACAGAGCAUUUUGGAACAAUGCAAAAUGUUUGGUUGGCAUUCAUAGUACUUAGGAUCAGCACCGUCCCCAAGGUAAAUGAAUGUGAAAGAAAACCUUUCAUUUAUUUUUGCAGUUCCAAAAAGUCUGAUUCUAAAUCCAAAUGCUCAACACACACACAUUUGCCCAGCACUAUAGGCUAUUCAUAUAAUUAUAUUCCAUGGAAACGUAUUAGAAUAUUAAAACAUUUUAACCUAGUUUAAUCCAAACUCUCAGAUGGCACUUGAGGAAGUCUGUUCUUUGCAUAUUGCAUAUUGUUUAGGCUGAGUUGUUUCUUCCCUAUUUUCUUCCGAAAACUUAUUGUUCAGGAAACUUCCUGUUGGUCAAUAAGGGUAUGCCACUGCAAUAUAUAAAAUCAUGAGUCCUGUUGUCAUUGCUAAGGUGAUAAAAAAGUAAAUAUUGUCUAUAAACAGAUAUAGUACAGUAAUUGAGAGUGACAGAACAUACUUUUCUUUCCAGUAUUUAAUGCUUUGAUCAACAUGAAAGAUUUCUGGGUUGUAGAAUUCCUUUGUUUUACCAGUUAAGGUCUUGCAUGUUGUAUCCCAUCAAAGGUGUUGUAUUUAUUAAACGUGAUUGUGUUGAAAAAAGGACAUUAAUAAAAACGUCAUUUUCCAUGAAAAAGUGAAGGCAAUUCAAAAUGUACAGUCUUUCAUGACAAUGAAUCGUGCAGUGUACAGUAUAGUACAGUGAGAUCUGCUCAGUUCGCCUCAAUCCUGUGUGCCCAAGGUUUGCUUAUUAAAGCAUGGUCUGUACAGUGUCUUCUGGA